AUGAAGGGAACAGACGACGCUCUCGACGACGACAACGACGACGAAAAGAUUAUGUUCUCUUCACGAGGAAGACGACAUACGCGAAAAUGUCUCCAACUCCUUCUCGUCUGUGCGUUCGCUCUCGCAUAUUUGAUGAAAACAUCGUCGUCAUCAUCGAACAAUCAUUUUGAUGACAGAGGAGAGAAGAGCGCUCCUUUGUUGGCGGCAUCGGCGUCGUCGUCGUUUUCAACCGCAUCAGCAUCAGCAUCAGCAUCAUCAUCAUCAUCUUCUUCAAAAGACUACUCGAACCGAGUUUGGAUAUUCACCUCCGUGGCUGCCGAUUACGACGGCGCCGUCUUGUUGAAACAAUUCGUCCACCAUUACACCGAUUUAGGAAUUAAACCGGAGAACUUCUUAGUCGUGAUUAACUCUAAAUCUGGAUUUCGAACCGCAGAGUUUGACGAGUGCGCGAAGAUUUUAGACAAUCUGGGUAUCCCAUACCACGAGUGGUUGACGCAAUACUCGAGCGAAGUGAUGUAUAAGCAUCGGAUGCAGUUGUUAGAAAAAGUCCCACCGACAGAUUGGAUUGUCCACGCGGAUAACGACGAGUUUCACUCGUACGGCGGGAAAUCAGUCAUCGACUUCUUGAAAGAGAUGGACAAGAAAGGGUACAACGAAGUGAGAGGGACGUACGUCGAUCGAGUCUCCAAGAGCGGCGAGUUGAGCAAGUUGAAAGAAGAACCCGGAAUGUUUCAGCAAUUUCCUUUGCGGUGUUCGGUGAUUAAAACUGUCGCUGGUGGUAGAGAUUUUAAGACUAUGGCGUAUAAAGGGUACUGGAGAACGGACAGAGGGAACCAUCAGGUGUUGCGCGCGGCGAGAGCGAAGGCGUAUUUAAGCGGGCCGGGGAGAGGCGACGGCGAUUUAGAAGACGUCUAUCAUUUGACGCCGUACGCAAAGUAUCCGGGAAAAUACAAGUACCAGUGCGCUGCGCACGAUAACUUAUCUUUUCUCCCAGCCGGGUCGCAGUGUUCCACACCGAACGAUAGUCACGAAAGUACCACCAAGUUAUGGUCUCAAUCGCGCUUUAGCGAUGCGAAGGUUGCCGUGCACCACUUCAAGUGGCACGCGGGCGUGAUUAACAACAUUAAAGACCGAUUGGCGUUUUACAAGGGCGACGUUGGCGCGGAUGGGAAACCCAGGUUUGCAUGGUAUACAGAUAGCGAAAAAUUGAUGAACGGGAUAGUCACGACUGGGAAAAUAGACACGAAGAAGACCAAGUGUAAAGUAGCCUAA